AUGUUAAAAGUGCGGCUGAAGUUCGACCUGCGCAGAGAUGUGGAGGCUGACAUCCGCAGAAAGGAGGCGGCGAUGUGCAGGGUGAAAGACUAUUCUGGAGCAGUGGACAUUUUAAUCCUCAACACUGAGCGAGAUGGAGGCAUCCUUUACUCCUGGAAGGGAUCGACUGGGACCACCAGAGUUGGGAAAUAUGACCCAGGUAUCAAACAGAAUAAACUCCUGUACACAUUUGACAAGGAUGUUUGUGUUAGCAGCUGCUCCCUGAACAAGGAGGAGACGUUGUUAGCUGUCAGCUUAGCACAAAACACCGACGAAGAGGAGCACCUCAAACCAAUAUCCAACUGUCUGACGCUCCUGAUUGAGAUCCAUCCAAUCAACAACACUAAGGUCUUAAAGGCGGUAGACUGCCGGGUCAAAGUGCAGUUCCUUCAUCCGGAAACUGACCGCAGAUCGGUGUAUGAAAGCCACCUGCUGCUCCUGACUGAAGAUGGAUAUGUGGAUCAGUACCACGUUCAGCUGACCAGACAUGAGGGUUACAAAGUGGUGCUGGCCAAUCCCGAGCGUUUGUCCAAGACAGCUGAGCGGGUGGUGGAUGAUUUCUGCUGGGUCCUAUGGGACGUGCACACGCAAAGACUCUACUAUCUAACUCAUGCGGACAAGUUUCUGAUGCGAUGUGUGCAGUUCUACGACCAACGCAAUUGUGAAACAGUGCUGGAGCUCCCAUUAGAGCUGCCUGCCAAUGCUUUCAACACAGUCAAGUUUGUGAACCUCGGUUUUGAUCACCAUCAUGUCGAGAAGCCAGAGCGAGUCAAGAUGGACGUUUUCACAAACAGAUUAGACCGAAGCAUGUGCGUGUGCUACAGUCGACCGGCUCUCGACAAACCGGAGCUCGUCUAUUCUGUGGUUUUAGUUCACAAAGACUGCAGCAAGACUUUUCGGGUCACCUUGGACCAGCCGACACGGGACGCCACGCAGUUCCAUCCGCUUUUCAUCCCUAUUGGUUACUACGUCGUCGUGUAUCUGCACGGCCGAUUCCUGCACUGCAUCAACACCAGGCAGCAGGAGAUGCUCUGCCACUCCCUCUUCCUGUCUGGUGACGAUGCGGACUUGGGCCUACCUUCAAAGUCCGCGAGGUUCUCGGUGCUGCAUGCAGAAGAAGAAGCAAGCACGGCCAUGUUGGACCUGGCGAGCGGGACGAUCAAAGGAGUUCAAUUCAGCACAUCGCACCUUCUUCGGAUUCUACGAUCGGACUUGAGACUCCACAAGAUGGACGACGCUCAACGCCUGGCUGCCCUUCACUGCCUGCUUCUUUCCAGCGAAAAUGACCGAAAUGUGGAGCCGGAGAUUAUUGAGUGGCUGUGCGGCAAUGUCAAAUCUCUGGAGUCCUUCGACCAGAUCCAGGAGUUCAUUCUAGCAUCUUUGUACAAAAUAAGCUACCAGAAAUCCCUAAGCCUUGAUAAACUGCUGCCUUGCUCAUCGGUGUUUGACAGGAAGGAGGUACCAGCGUGCCUAAUGGAGAUCCCUGGUGUGUGUUGCACCACACAGUCGCAUAUCGAGUAUGUCUUUAAAGGGAAGGCCCGGAGUCUCCAGGGUUUCUGGUCUGAGCUGCAGUGGAACACGGAGAGAGCAACCUUUUUUGAUGUGGAUCCCAACCCCAGAUACAAAACCUCCCAUGUUGAGAACUACUGGAGGAAAAUUAUGACUGAGAAUUUGUCCAGCCAAAUGUCUCAUGUGUUGGAGAACACCAAGAGGGUUCUUACUUUAGUGGACACUUGGCAUCUUGACAGAAAGCUGGUGCCCCUUUUUCAGGAGGAAGACAACCAGCAGGGGCUGUUCAUAGGAUUGACUGUAGAGAAGCUGCGAGAGCAUCUGGACAUACACCUGCCUCGACUGAGCAAAAAGAAGAUAGACUCCCUGGUCAUCAACUACGUUGCCAAACAGUUGGACCUGAUCAGACACAUGCUGGAGUCAGUCUGGCUGAAGCACAAGCUGGGCCCUCGUGUUUUAUGCCUAGCACAGCAAGCCAGUCCAGGCGAGUGGGCCGUGUUCCACUUCAUGCUUCGGAUUCUGGAAGCCACUAGGGGUCUCUGCAUGCCCCUCCCACCUGGUUACCACACGCUGCUAACGACGAUGGCUUUGCGCUGCCUCCCUCGUCACACUUUCCUACAGUACGUCGACCACGGAUUCCUACAGCUGACAGAUACCUUCGUGUCUCGAGUCGUGACAGAUCUGGACAACAGUGCAGCUAACGAGAAACUGAAGUUCAGCGUAUUAAAGAGACUUCCCGAGCCCAUGGAAGCAAACAGAUUUUACCGUAUGUGGGAUCAUCCUGUCAGUUCAGCUUCCAUCUGUAGAGAUUAUGUCGGGAAUCUGCUGGGGAGACACAACAGAAACAAGGGUUUCGCGUUCACCGGCAGAGACAAAGUAGGCUUCAGAGCUGAAUUUUUGCCUCUGACACACCUGAUCAAAGUGCUCUCCAAUAAAGAUGAGCAAGCUGUGAACCCCUUCGAAGAACAGGAGAAGGUGGACGCCACAUUUGUGGAGGAGACGGCUCUGAAACAGACACUCAUUCUGCUGGGAUUUGAGAGAAAAUGA